AUGGCGAAAGGAGACCAUGUUGUUGUGUCUAAUAUGAAGCUUGAGAAGUUGCUUUGCAUGAAAGGAGGCAAAGGAGAGGGCAGCUAUGCUAAUAACUCUCAAGCGCAGGCCUUACAUGCUCGAUCCAUGCUUCACCUUCUGGAAGAAACCCUAGAUAAAGUGCACCUAAACUCCCCAGAAUUUCCUUUCCAGGUGGCGGACUUAGGAUGCUCAUCUGGCAACAACACAAUCCACAUCGUUGAUGUCAUCAUCAAGCAUAUGACCAAGCGAUACGAGUCAUCCGGCCUCGAUUCGCCGGAGUUCUCUGUUUUUUUCGCCGAUCUCCCUAGCAAUGACUUUAACACCCUUUUCCAACUCCUCCCUCCCCUAGCCGAUUAUGGGGUAAGUAUGGAAGAGUGCCUAGCUGCUAGUGGCCAUCGAAAUUAUUUUGCAGCUGGAGUUCCCGGCUCCUUUUACCGGAGGCUUUUUCCGGCAAGAUCUAUUGACGUGUUCCACUCAGCAUUUUCCUUGCACUGGCUAUCUCAGAUUCCAGAGAGUGUUUUAGACAAGAGAUCGGCAGCAUAUAACAAAGGGAGGGUGUUUAUCCACGGUGCUACCGAGUCCACAGCAAACGCAUACAGGAAACAGUUCCAAACAGACCUAGCCGGCUUCUUAAGUGCAAGAUCUCAAGAAAUGAAGAGAGGUGGGUCCAUGUUUCUGGUCUGCCUGGGAAGAACUUCUGUGGAGCCCACAGACCAAGGUGGGGCUGGCCUCCUCUUUGCGACCCACUUUCAGGAUGCUUGGGAUGAUCUUGUCCAAGAGGGUCUGAUUGCUAGUGAGAAGCGAGACAAUUUUAACAUUCCCGUGUAUGCACCAAGUCUACAAGACUUCAAGGAGGUAGUAGAAGCCAAUGGCUCCUUCGCGAUAGACAAGCUCGAGGUUUUCAAAGGAGGGAGCCCUCUGGUGGUUAACCACCCUGACAAUGCAGCUGAGGUCAGCCGAGCCAUGGCUAAUUCCUGCCGGAGUGUGGCUGGGGUCCUUGUUGAUGCCCACAUUGGUGAUGAGCUAAGUGAGGAGUUAUUUUCACGGGUGGAGCUCCGAGCCAAGAGCCAUGCAAAAGAGCUACUGGAGAAGCUACAAUUCUUUCAUAUAGUUGCAUCUCUUUCUUUUGCUUAA